AUGACUAUUGACAGGCCACCGUAUACAGAGCAUUGGAACAGCAUCGCUGGUGAACUGGCUAAUUUUACAGAGUAUUGGGUGUAUAUAUUCCAGCUAGCCGAGCUGCAUCGCCCUUCCGGCUGCUCGGACGUCGACAUUCAACUUCACCCACGACAUAUCCAACCACGGCUGCUCCGUCUAAGACAACCCAACAAGCUAGUUAGUCGACUAAAGACUCGGGAGACAGAGCCCAGCAUGACUGCUCCAAAACCAUACACCGUGCCAGACGCCACAAAGGCAGCCUUCCAAGCCAAUAACUGGACGAGCACGCUCCUCAAAAACAACGCCUACCAGCCCAUCGAAACCUACUGCCGCAAGCCAAAGCCUCAGACGGGAGAAGACGCCUUUAUUGCAACCAUAAUAAACACACCAACUACAAUUCCGCAUCUCCUCACCCUCCAGCGGAAACCAGGCCAACUCGCCAAAGUCCCGUCCGGCGCUCCCUCGCUCCCUGCCCCACCAGACCAAUGGCCAAAGAUCCCUUCAAACCAGCCAGCAGAUGUGGUCAACUUGCUCUAUUUUGGCGAACGGGACCUUAACGGCCACCCGGGGGUCGUUCAUGGCGGUAUCAUUUCUACACUACUCGACGAACUGAUGGCCAUCAGUGUAGCUGCACAUAUACCCGAUUUCGACUUUGCCGAUACUAGCAAAUUCGGUCAGCUGUUUACCAUGCAACUGGAUGUACGGUUUAAGAGACCGGUGAGGACUGGUGCUCAUGCUGUGCUGCGAACGUGGUGUAUUGGCAACGAGGGCCGGAAGUGGUGGGUUAGAGCUCAGCUAGUACAGGAAGAAAAUCCCAUAAAACCCAAUGGCGAGAAGGUUGAGUGGGUAAAGAAGAAGUAUGUCUGUGCUGAUGCAGUGGGGUUCUUCAUCCUGGUGAAGGACUCGAAGCUUUGA